AUGGGUUCCAUCAAUGCGCCAUCUGAUCUGGGCUUCUCUGCCUCCAGCCUGCCAGGCAAAUUGUUCAUCAAUAACGAAUAUGUUGAUGCCAAAAAUGUCGAGACUCUCUCUGUCUACAACCCUAAGAAUGGAUCCCUGGUUUCAGACAAAGUCCCCAUCGCCGGCGCAGAUGAUGUCGAGGCGGCUGUGGUGGCUGCAGAAGCUGCCUUUCCCACGUGGAAGGCAAUGAGUGCCAUAGAACGACGGGAAAUCUUAUUGAAAUUUGCAUCACUCAUUGAACAGCACUCUCACGAUCUCGCAGAGCUUACCAGAAUUACCCUUGGAGCUCCGUUUGAAGCAUUCGGAAAGUUCGAGCUUGGGCUUGCGGCCGAAACAUUCCGUUAUAACGCCGGCUGGAUCGAUAAAUUCGCAGGCGAAGCAUACCCCCAGCAGGAUGGUUUCAUGCGUAUCACCCGACAUGAGCCUUUGGGAGUAACUGCUGGUAUUGUACCUUGGAAUGGCCCCAUGGGCACAGUUGGACUUAAGGCUUCACCGGCUUUGACGACUGGCAACUGCUUCAUCUUGAAGCCAUCCGAGAAAACACCCUUUGCUGCACUAGCCCUCGGUCAUUUGAUCAAACAAGCCGGUUUUCCACCUGGUGUCUUCCAGGUGCUGUCGGGAGCGGGCGAAACCGGCGCUCUUCUCGCACGCCAUAUGAGAAUUCGAAAAGUCAGCUUCACUGGGUCAAUCGCAACUGGAAAGCUUAUUCAGAAAAUGGCUGCAGAAUCGAACCUCAAACGUGUGACGUUAGAGCUAGGUGGCAAGUCUCCGGCUGUCGUGUUCGAUGACUGCAAUUUGGACAAUGCAGUGGAGUGGUGUGUUCGAGCCAUCGGGACCAACACUGGACAAGUUUGUUUCGCCGCAUCCAGGGUAUACAUCCAAGAAGGAAUUCUUGACAAAUUUACGGAGAGAUAUAAGGCAGCGUUAGAGGAGCGUGCCAAGGCGAUCGGGGACCCUGAUAAGGACGAGACACUCAUGGGUCCCCUAGUUGACGAGGCUCAGUUCCGACGCGUCACUGGCUUCAUUGAGCGGGGCGCGCAACAAGGCACCCUCCUAACAGGUGGGAAACGCGUCGGAGACAAAGGCUUUUUCAUUCAACCUACUGUCUUCACGGACGUCAAGCAGGAUGCAGAAAUCUAUCGACAAGAGAUCUUCGGUCCUGUCUCUAUCCUCAAUUCUUUCAAAACGGAAGAAGAGGUUAUUAAGAAGGCCAAUUCUACCGAGUACGGACUCAUGGCGGGCGUCUUUACUGAGAACAUCAACAAAGCCAUGCGUGUGGCCAGCGAAUUUGAAUCGGGAAUGGUUGGGGUGAACUGUAUCAGCUUGAACUUUUUGAAUGCUCCCUUCGGCGGGAGCAAGCAGAGUGGCCUCGGUCGGGAAUGUGGCCGUAACGCGCUAGAGUCGUUCACUGAGGUCAAGACAGUGAUGGUGAACUUGACCUACUAG